AUUCAACAUAUCCUAUAUAAACAUAUUUGAUGAAGCUUUAUCAGACACUAUAUAUGGUUAAAAUUAAAAAAGAGAGAAAGAACGGCAACCUAGUUCAGUACUGGAUUCUGACGAUGAUCCUUUUCCGUCUAGCUUAUUUUUGAAACAUAGCAAAUUGCGGAAAAGUGCCUCCUCAAAAAUAUGAAGUAUUGUGAUUAAUAGCGGCGCCUAACUACACGGAAGAUUGUAGAUGACUCUUGUUGUAGAAGUAAUUUGGAAUCCCGUUAAGAAAGGUCUAUUCCGUCACCGGAUUUACCCUUUUCCGUACCAUAGUACUGAUUAGUUGAUUACUAUAUAUAUGAAAAAGAAGUGCAAAUACAUGUUUAAAGCAAGAACUGAAUAGAAAUUGAGCUAUAAACAAAGAAAUGUCGUUAAAAAAGUCAGCUACUGAUAUAGUCAUAUUAUCUGCAAGAAGAACACCAGUCACAAAGUCUAUUAAGGGUGGGUUAGCCAAACUUUAUCCAGAAGAAUUACUCUAUGAAGUCUUGAAAGGUUCAUUAGAAAGAUCACAAAUAGAUCCUAAUUUAAUUGAUGAUGUCUUGGUGGGUACAGUUUUGCAGACAUUAGGUGGUCAAAAGGCCUCUGCCUUAGCAAUUAAGAAAACGGGGUUUCCUAUCAAAACCACAGUCAACACGAUCAACAGGCAAUGUGCAUCUUCAGCCCAAGCUUUGACCUAUCAAGCAGGAGCAUUGAAUUCAGGUGAAAAUCAGUUUGUGAUAGCUGCAGGUGUCGAGUCUAUGACUCAUGAUUACUUCCCUCACAGAGGUAUACCCACCAGAAUUAACGAAUCCUUUAAGGCAUCUGCUAGUGACGAAGCACAAAAUGUUUUAAUGCCAAUGGGGAUAACUAGUGAAAAUGUGGCUUCGAAGUAUGGAAUUUCUAGAGAAGAUCAAGAUCGUUUUGCAGUUGAAUCCCAUUUAAAGGCAGCUAGGGCCACUGAAUCAGGACAUUUUGCUAAAGAGAUUAUUCCAGUAAAAGCUAGAGUAUCAGAACCAGAUCAACCACUAGAGUACAAGUUAAUUGAUAAAGAUGACGGUGUUAGAGCCAGUUCCACUUAUGAAAAGUUAUCUACUUUAAAACCCGUCUUUGCAGAAGAUGGUACUACAACUGCUGGUAAUUCAUCGCAAAUCUCUGAUGGUGCAUCUGCCGUAAUUUUAACUACACGAGCCAAUGCAGACAGAUUGGGCAUAAAACCAAUUGCAAGAUUCAUUGGAUCAUCUGUUGCGGGUGUUCCAUCUGCACUUAUGGGCAUUGGCCCUUCGGCCGCUAUUCCACAGUUAUUAGAUCGCUUAAAAGUCUCUAUUAACGAUAUUGAUAUUUUCGAAUUGAAUGAGGCAUUUGCUUCUCAAUCUUUAUACUGUAUUGAGAAGUUGGGAAUUGACCAUGCUAAAGUUAACCCUUAUGGUGGUGCUAUAGCUUUAGGUCAUCCUUUGGGAGCUACCGGUGGUAGAGUUAUUUCUACCUUAAUUAAUGGAUUAAAGAGCCAGAACAAAGAAUUAGGUGUAGUUUCGAUGUGUACUUCUACCGGGCAAGGUUAUGCUGGUUUGUUUGCUAACGAAAACUAGUUAUGAGUGUUGAAAAUGCAUAUAGACAUAAUACAAUAUAAAAGUGAUUACCAAUGAAGCUUAUUAGUAGACGAAUAUACUUUUAACCCCAAGUAUAGAAUUCACGAUUCAAUAAACCAAGUAAUCUAAAUAGCAAC